UUUCAUAUUGUUAUUGUACCUAGUGUAUCCAGUCCACAAAAAAUUAUGAUCAGAAUAUGAGGCAAUUGUAUGAUAUGGGUGAAUUAUAUAUAGUUCCAUUCUUCUAUAUAUUAGGAGUAUUAUCGUCCUCCAUCGCAGCACUUCUCACAAAUAUUAUAAAUAAUCAGUAUUACUAUCUUCAUCCAACCCACCAAAUGGCGUCAAGAAAAUUGAUUGUCGUACAAUACGGACCAUAUGGAAAUCAAUUUCAAAAGGAAAAUCAACGCUUCUCCAUGAAAAUUGAAGGAAAUGAAUUUAUAAAAGAAGUUAUUAUAAGGCAUGGGAAAUGCAUCGAUGCAAUUGGGUUCGUCGCUGGUGGUUUAACUGUCACGAGUGGUGCCUUAAUCAAUAAUGAAUCCAAGAUUAAGCUGGGAAGAGGUGAAUUCAUAACAAAAAUAAGUGGAACUUCUGGAGAGUAUACAUACGCUGGUCAUGAUCGUGUGAUUUCUACAUUGAAGAUAUAUACAAAUUUUAAUCCAAAAGGAUAUGGACCAUUUGGAACUGGAGAGGAUACAAAAAAUGUCACUGCCUUUUCAUCUCCAGAUGAAUUAGAAGGUCGCUUUGUGGGAUUCUUUGGAAAUGCUCCUGGCUUCAUUUACUCUCUUGGAAUCUAUGCUGAAAAGGCAGGCGCUGAUUAGAGCUUAAGAAAAUCAUCAGGGAAAUGGUUUAUAUAUAUGCGAUCUUUCUGUUUGUUUGUGUCCUUAGUUUGAGUGCAUUUGUAAUAUUAUUUCUUUGAUGCAUGUUUUUCCUUCAAUAAGCCAUCCACAUCUACAAUGAAUAUUGAAUGGCCCUUAGCUUCAAAUAUGCUUUGUUGUAACAUGUAAUCAUCAACAUGAGUUUAUC